GUACCUAUUGAAAAGUUUGUCAAAAUUGAGUUAAGAUACUGAGAUUGAAAUCCAAAUUUUUUUGAUAUUUAAAACCAUGUGCAUUUUGACUGAUCUGUGCCAUCAUUAUGCCAAUCUCUAUCCCAAGAAGUUCGUGGACAUAGCUCAUCCUCUAUCAGUCUUAACCGUUUUGGUUGGCACUGCCUUCUUCUUCAAAUUGCAAAUGUUUGUCAUAACGCCAUUUGUUUUCAAUGACCUGCUGUGCAAAGUACUUUGGAUCGUGGGAGCCUUUAUAGUCUACAAUAUCCUGGGAAACCAACUGGCUUGCUAUUGCCUAGAUACUUCCGUGGACAGUCUGCCCCAGGAUCGAAGAACGCCGAGUGCUGAAGAGGAGCACCUGUGGCACUAUUGUGAGAUCUGCCAGAGGUUAAUGCCUCCUCGAUCCUGGCACUGUAACCUGUGUAAAUGCUGUAUUUUAAAGCGGGAUCAUCAUUGCGUUUUCACGGCAACUUGCAUUGGCCACAACAACCACCGAUAUUUCUUUUGGUUCACGUUUUACUUGACCCUUGGAACUGGCUUGAGUAUAUUGACAACAAUAAUUUAUAUUGUGAAGAAAGGCUACCUCUUUGACCCGUUCCCACUCUAUAGAAUCAUAUUCAAUGUUGAGCAUUCCAAAACCUCUGAUGGCUACAGUUUCUGCGAGUAUUUAAUUUUCUUACUCAACAUUUGCGCCUGUGUUCUACCUGCCAUUAUGUUGGCGUUUCAGAAAAGAAUUGUCUACUUCAACACCACUUACUAUAAGAUGUGCACUCGCACUUAUGAUCUGGGCUUCACAAAGAACUGCAAGUUUAUUAUGGGGGAGAGAGGCCUCUGGACUUUUAUUUCGCCCACACUCAAAAGUCCUCUUCCUCAUGACGGCACUCAUUGGGAAACAAAUUCCUCGCCACCAUCAGUUCCAGUAAAUGUUAAAUAAACGGAAAUAUAGAAAAGCUAUAAGCAUGUAGUGAUCUCAGGAUUAAACGCCAUUUAAUUAAAAUUUCAGCACUCUUCACAAUAAAUUUUAGUUAUUUUUACUCAA